GCUGCGACCACCACGAGCUGCUUUCUCGUCUUGGUUUCGCCCCCGGCUUCAUGGGUUGAAGGGCAGGCUGCGUUGUCCACAAGAUCUCAUCUCUCAUCUCGCCCAGUUCUGUGCACCCGAAAUUCAUCAUUCUCAUCUUCAUCUUCUUCAGUGCUACGGUUUGUUCUCCGAACAUGUAUGGACUUGCAGCGGCAGAGGCCUCCAGCCAAGGGCGCCGCCACCGGCUGUAGUCGACUUCGUUCCACCUGCCACAGCGUGAAAGGGACCACCUCAGCUGUGAUCUGUCUGCCUGCAGACGGGACCCAGUUUGACUGGGCAGCAGGGACUAUGCAUUUGGGACUGGUGGCGAUGGUAGUUGUCUUCCUCAGCUCCAUGGGUCACGGCGAUAACCUCAAGGCCUCCAAAGCAAGAAGACAGAGACGAAUAAGCACUGAAGUACCACCAUCGUGCUCGACUGGCUGUGAACACUGCUCAGAGUUCAACGGCUGUCUUAAAUGUCGACCCCGGCUCUUCAUCCUACUGGAGCGGAAUGACAUCCGUCAGAUAGGCAUUUGCCUUGCUGCCUGUCCUGUUGGAUAUUACGGCAUUCGAAAUCGUGAUAUGAACAAAUGCACACAAUGUAAAAUAGAAAACUGUGAGGCUUGUUUUAGCCGAAACUUUUGCACAAAAUGUAAGGAGGGGCUGUACUCACACAGAGGGCGGUGUUUCACCAGCUGUCCUGAAGGAUUCACUGUCAACGGUACCAUGGAGUGUGUAGUCCAAUGUGAUCUAAGUGAAUGGAGUCCAUGGGGCCCUUGCAUGAAGAAGAACAAAACAUGUGGCUUUAAAAAGGGUAACCAGAGCCGUACCAGGGAGCCCUUACAGCUUCCAAAUCCUGGCACUUCCACAGGGGCUGCUUCGCCCUCGGGCUGCGUCCCAGAGACACAGAACCAAAGAUGUACCGUGCAGAAAAAGAUCCCUUGCAAAGGAGAAAAUAGGAAGAAUCCACAAAACCGUGAAGAAAAAAAAGGCAAGAACCGCGGACAAGAUUCCAAGGAAAGUGGCAAAGGGGGCAACAAGAAAAAAAAGACCCUGAACCAGUCCACCACUGUUCCCACCAUUACAACGAGCAUGGUAACCUAAUCUUAUGGUGGUGUCAGGUGGGCCUAAGAAAGGAGAAUGCCUGGUCCAUCUUCGUUUGCUGAAGACAAACACUUUUUGAUUGUGACAAUAUAAAAAUUAAAGCAAAAAAAAAAAAAAAA